AUGGAUCCACAUGUGUUCCCCAUCCCAAUCCCCCCCCCACCUCCCUCUCCAUCCCAUCCCUCUGGGUCUUCCCACAUGAACGCGGAACCUCCGGAGGAGAAAGCAGCGGCGGAGGCGGAGGCAGGAGCCAUGCCAGAGAAGCGUGCGGGCUCGCGGGCUCCCGGCGGCAACUCGCUACAAGGCUUUGGCCGACCAAGUGUAUACCAUGCUGCUAUUGUCAUCUUCCUUGAAUUCUUUGCAUGGGGCCUAUUGACAACUUCAAUGUUAACUGUUCUACAUGAAACAUUUCCUCAACACACAUUCCUCAUGAAUGGUCUCAUUCAGGGUGUAAAGGGUCUGCUCUCUUUUCUGAGUGCCCCACUCAUAGGCGCGCUGUCUGAUGUGUGGGGAAGGAAGCCCUUUCUUCUUGGCACUGUCUUCUUCACCUGCUUCCCAAUUCCACUGAUGAGAAUCAGUCCAUGGUGGUACUUUGCCAUGAUUUCCGUAUCUGGAGUCUUCUCGGUCACGUUCUCUGUGAUAUUUGCCUAUGUGGCCGACGUCACUCAGGAGCACGAGCGGAGUUCUGCCUACGGAUGGGUCUCAGCCACUUUUGCGGCCAGUCUGGUCAGCAGCCCAGCCAUUGGAGCGUACCUUUCUGCCAGUUAUGGAGACAGCCUUGUUGUGCUAGUAGCCACAGUGGUAGCUCUUCUAGACAUCUGCUUCAUCUUAUUGGCUGUUCCGGAAUCUUUGCCAGAGAAAAUGAGACCUCUCUCCUGGGGAGCCCGGAUUUCUUGGAAACAAGCAGACCCUUUUGCGUCACUGAAGAAAGUUGGAAAAGAUUCUACCAUUUUAUUAAUCUGCAUCACUGUUUUUCUUUCAUACCUUCCUGAAGCUGGACAGUAUUCAAGUUUUUUUCUCUAUCUCAGGCAGGUCAUAGGAUUUGGAUCUGUUAAAAUUGCAGCUUUCAUAGCUAUGGUAGGAAUUCUGUCUAUUGUGGCUCAGACGGUCUUUCUUACUAGCUUGAUGAGAGCAUUAGGGAAUAAGAACACUGUUCUCCUUGGUUUGGGCUUCCAAAUGUUCCAGCUAGCCUGGUACGGUUUUGGAUCUCAAGCAUGGAUGAUGUGGGCAGCAGGGAUUGUGGCCGCCGUGUCCAGCAUUACGUUUCCAGCAGUCAGUACCCUCGUCUCUCAGAAUGCAGAGUCAAAUCAGCAAGGAGUUGCCCAGGGUAUCAUAACUGGAAUAAGAGGACUCUGUAAUGGACUGGGACCAGCCUUGUAUGGCUUCAUAUUCUACAUGUUCCAUGUGGAACUGACUGAGUUGGAACCAGAAUUGAUUUCUAACAAUGCUGACCUACAGGGAGCUGUCAUCCCAGGCCCGCCAUUUUUGUUUGGGGCGUGUAUAGUUUUUAUGUCUUUCCUGGUUGCUGUAUUCAUCCCUGAGUACAGUAAAGGCAGUGGAAUUCAAAAACACAGCAGCAGUAUCAGUGGCAGCCUGGCCAACACUCCAGAACGGGGCAGUGCUGAGGACAUUGAGCCACUGCUUCAGGACAGCAGCAUCUGGGAGCUUUCUUCCCUUGAAGAGCCUGGGCAUCAGUGCACUGAGCUGUAA